AUGGCGCCUGUCGGCGAGGCACGGUGGCCACGGGACCCUGCGGUCCAGGUCAAAUUCAAGGCCAAAACACAGCAAACCGUUCAGCAAAACAUUGUUUGUCCUGACAGUCUGCGAGCACGAGUAGACGAGUGCAGCUGGUGCCACCACACGCGGCAGGGCUGGUGCGACAACUCACUUUGCUUCUACUGUGAGCAUUGCUGGGGGGAGUAUGAUACCCAUCAGGGUGCUGGUGAGGAAUAUGCUGGCAAGCUCUGGCAUGAGGAAAUCCUUGCGGCUGAGAACAUUGCCGCUGAAAGCGACGAUGUUGACAGCGGGGUGCUGCAGGCCAUGAAGAAUGCCUUGCAAGAAAUAGACGCGAAGCACAUACAUGCAAGCGGUGCCGGGGACAGUGAGGACGAAAUCUCUGAUCAUGAGGAGGUUCGGAACAAGGUUCCUGAGCUCAAAGGUACGUUCAGCCAAGCUGGCAGACCACUUGAGCUGAGUGCCGCGCUCCCUGAGCUCCACCAGGCCCAUAUUAUCGUGAUCGUAGAUACUUCUGGCUCCAUGCGCACUAUUGAUGUGAAGCCCGACGAGGGCAGCAAUUGGGUUUCCCGUAUGGCGGCCGUGACGGUGACGCUCUCCUCCUUCUUUCAGAAACAGGCACAAGCAGUUUGUCCACACCGUUUCUCCCUCAUCUCGUUCAGUGAGAAGCCGCGCUUGCACUUCAAGGCACAGACAGCCGCGGCAGCUGCCUUGCAGGUGAAGCAGGCUUUCAAGUCUGCAGCCAGCCGUGGGACACAUUUCGUGUCAGGGUUGGAGUCUGCCAAGAAAAUCUUCGACCAGGCUACUGGGACACCUCACUUGCUUAUCUUUAGUGACGGCCGUCCGGCAGAUGGGCCACAGACUCUCAAGCUCGUGCAAGCCAUGAUGAAGGAGCACACGUCGCUCCGAAUUCAUGCCAUUGGAUUUGGAGACGGCUUGGAUUUCGAUGUGCUACAGCAACUGACAUCCAUUGGGCGAGGCACCUUUGCCCCGUCUGGUCGGUCGAUCGCUGCGCUGCACGGAGCUUUCGCGUCUGUAACAUCGACGAUAACUAAGACGCAGACUGUUACCAGCCGCACGAGCAAGUCGAGCACAUUUUCUUUCCAGGGUGGCCAAGGCCAGUCAAGCGGUGACGAUGUGCGGCAUGGUUCCAGAGACAAAACAUUGGAACUGAGAGCUGUGUGCUUCGAGCCUGCCAACCAAUUCUUCUGGGGCAACAAUCGAUCCGUCAGCUUUCAGAUCACUCGCCGUGGCCUGAACUUCACUGACAAAGGCUUCCGUGAGUGGGUGUAUGGGCAUGCAUUCUCCAAUCAGACUGUGUCCAUCAGACUGCAACCCUUCACUGAGGGUGGCAUGCGCCUUGUAUACUGUUUCAAAGACUCCUCGAUUCCUUUGCACAAGGAGCAGGAGUGGGACCACUACACGAUGCAAGCAGCCGGCACAGAUGCCCGCAUGGUUGCGAAACUGUCGAGGUACGUCGACGACUUUCACAACUCCUACGAAGUUGUCUCCGCAUAUGCAAAGAGCAGUGCGCUGGCGAAGUGGUACUCUCGUAUCUUCAUGCUUGCUGCAGCAGAUCGGCUCGGCCUGAAGGGUCGCAGCAUGGCCAAGAUCAUCUUCGUAGAGUGCUACAUCUAUGAGGUAGCCGAGGGAAGUACCGCCCCCACAAAGUACUUUGUUGGUGAGCGAUAUUUGCCGGGAGCCUUCCUAAAGUACAACUCGAAUCAUGGCUACGUGAAUGAGGAAGCCCCCGACACGGAAAUUGCACAGGCAUUCUCGCACUUCACCUUUGAUGCAAGUGGUGGCAAGUACAUGGUCCUUGACUUGCAGGGUGUGUACAUGGAUAAAGCCCAUCGAAGGCGGCCGCACAUGAUCAUGACCGAUCCACAGGUGGUGUCCGACGACAAAGCUUUCGGACCGGGCGAUCUUGGCGUAGAAGGUAUGCGGGCCUUCUUCAACAGCCACAAGUGUGGAAGCACCUGCCAGCAAAUGAAAUUGGAUCCACACAACUUGAAGAGGCUCCGAAAUCUGGCCCGGAAGGAAAAAGCAACUUCAAGCCCAUCCGAAACAAACAGCCAAGCCGCACCUGCACCAGCACCGGUCAUACCGAGUGCGGUCACACCGGCUGCUGUGACAGCGGCACUGCCCGUGCUGCCUGCGCCAAACCAAUCUGGAAGCAUCAAGAGCUUGCGGGCUGCUGAGCCAGCAGAGCCUGCGAGGCUGGAAGCUCCAGUGCAAACUGCGAUGCCGCCAUGGGCAAUGAGCCAGAGUGCGGCGGUAUUCCGAACAGGUUCGGAGCAUGUGCCCGAGGCACGAUUGAUCAAUCGGCAUCCAGCCGUUUUCGGAGCCAAGACAGAAGGGCCUCUGUCCGCUGUGAUGGCUCGCUCACCAGCUGUCUUAUCCGGCAGACCUGAUUUCGAUGCCUGGCUGCAGAGUCACCAUCAGCAAACGCUGCAACACUUGCAACAGCAACAGGCUCAGAUUGCAGGAAGGCUGCCGCCCGACAGGACCAUACCAGCGCCGCCAUCAGCGCCCCCUGUCAUUCCUCGCAAAGCGCCGCCGGUCUCAAACAGUCCAGCCGGACCGCCUGCAGCACCCUUGGCGGAACCCGGCUCAGGCAAAGGCAGCCUUACAGGCUCGCAAGGCGCUGCGGGCAGCCAAAUCCCUGCGGCCUCACUGCAGCCACUUCAGUGUGCAGAAAGGUCCUCGGAUUCUACGGCGGAUCGGGCGAGCCCCCAACAGGACGCCAGGAUGACGAUCAUCUAUGGCCCGGGUGGACAGAAGCUCUCGGCAUCGUGCGCUGGUCGAGGAGACGUUACGAAGGCCAUUGCUGCACAGUGGUCAAUCCCCGACGAGGAGCAGCUGCUGUUUCAAGAGACGUCCUCACAGGCCGGGACGGACUUCUUCCGUCUCGAGCGCAAGAUGGACCCAAGAAAGUUGAGGUUCACCCAGGCCAGUAUCAGUCCAAGCUUCCGCGAUGGGCGUCCCAUUUUCCAGCUCAUGAACGACCUGAACUCUCAAGAGGUCGACCCUCUUCGCGAGCUCGAGCCCUUGGAUGUGGUGUGGCACGAGGGGCACUGGCGGUCUCUGUCGAAUCGUCGACUCUGGACGCUGAAGCACUGUACAGCGGCGAUGACCGACCAGGCACUUUUCGUCCGGGUUCGCGUCCGACAGCCGGAUGCCGAGUUCCGGGCAAAGUUGACCAGCACCAAUGACGGUGUGUCGGAGUUUCAGCGUGCAGCCAUUGGCAGCCUAAGGCUUCAGGUGGCUAAUGUGAUGAUGUUGUUGCAUGACAUCAAUUUUGAUCAAAAUGAGGAGGUCAAGGAGGAGGUAGAAGAGCCGCAGGAGGAGGAGGAGGAGUUCAAAGAGGAGGCCAAGGAAGAGGUGAACAUCACCCUGUCCGAACGGACGCGCAAGAACGAUGAUGGCUGCACUCCAUACCCCAAGCGACCCCGGCUUGGUGGGCGGCUUGGUCAGGAAGUGGACUCCGCCAAAGUGGAAACGGAAGCGGAGACGGAAGUGGAGGUCCAGAACGAGCUCACCGACCCGCUGCUGGAAGCUGAAGUCGAAGACCAAAUGGAGCUCUGCACUCCACCAGAGCGAGAGACGGCUCGCAGCGAUGCUUCUCCACCAGGGGUGUGCCAGAAAGAUCCUGCGCCCCCUCGCUUCGCCUAUCCUGUGGCCAGGCCUGACGAGGACACUCGCAUCGAGCAUUACGAUAUGGAGCAUGCCGAACGUGAGGAGGCGCGCGACCCAUCUGCUGCAGAAACAGUUGAUGUUCCAAGCAAGAACCGGGAGGCGCGGCGUCAGUCGAAGAUUGAAGAGCUCGAGAGCCAGGGCAUCCUUCGCCGCAUUGAUUUCGCGAAGAUUGCGCAAUCCUUGGUGCGUGAAGGCAAGGCGGGAUGGAGUUACGACUACAAGACGAGCUCGGUGGAAAACGUCAGAAGGUUCUUUGAGCGGUACACCAUGGGCAAGAACCGCGAAGCCUACAGAUUUACCAUAGAAGACAGCCGUACAGCAAGGCCCUUCCUUGCUCGGCUCUUGACCUGCCUUAAGGCGGAGCCUUUCCAUGGGAUGCCCCAGCUGACAUGGGAUGCAGCGAAGGAGAGCGCUGCCAGAGCCUUUUUCCAAGACGUUUACGUACUGGAGUUGAUCCCCCAGAUGUCGCCGACACUGGCAGACAUGCGGAAGAAGGUGCAUCUCUACAGCGUGGAGAAACGCCAUUGCCGUGAGCAUGGCAUCGGUGACGGCGAUGUGCUUAAGGACCGUGUAAACCGAGUUAUUCUGGAGUUACAUGAGAUGGGCUACCGAGAUGAGAUUGUGGAUGGCAUAGUCUAG